ACUGGCUCUUAUCCUGAUGGGUUUGUUCUCCUAUGUUGUGCCAUACAUUUAUGAAGUGGCUGUUUUGUUUCUCCAAUGUACAGAUUUGUACACACCUCUAUAUAUCACUGCACUAUACUGCAUAUAUCACAAUGCUCGGUUUGUGUUUGGGUGAUUUAUCCUUGGGGUGGGCAAGCUUCUGCCUUAGUAUAUUUUGGGGGGUAGAGCUUGUAUGUAUAUUUCUAUAUUGUGUUGGUUGAAAAUCCUCCUGACCGUUUCAGAUAUUUCCGCAGCAUAUGGAAUGACGUUGCUUCAUUUGUUCUCUUUUUUGUCUAUUAUGAAGGACUUCCUGCUGAGUCUUUUUUGGAUGUGAUAAAGGCCCAGUUGGGAUAGCCAUAUGUUCUGAGAACUUCCUCGACAUGUUUUGGUUUUUUUUCUUUCCCAUCUUUAUUGAUAGACAGACUUUCAGCCUGAUGGUGUAGGAUUCUGAUCAUUCCCAUUUUGUACUCUACCUGGUACUGAAAAUCAAAAUGUAGAUAUUGAUCUCUGUGUAUGGGUUUUCUGUAAACUUUGGUAUUAAAGCUUCUGUCUUCCUUAAUGUGUAAUACACAAUCCAGGAAGCAAAACUGUUUUCCUUAACAUCUUCCAAGGUGAACUUUAUUGUAUCUGCACACAGAAUUGAUGUGUUUGGUGAAGGCGUCCAAUUCUUGUGUUUUAAUCUUGAUUUCAGCUACCUAUGCCACCAGUGAGUGGAUAGAAUUCCCGUGAAGGAGUUAAAAGCUUUGGUUUCUAUCUCUUCCAUAUAGAGAUUGGCCACAAUGGGGAACAAAAUAAAAUAUAAAAGAAAUAUAGAACCAUAUCUCACGAUUAUUUGAUAAGUAAUAUUUUAAUUUUGUUUUUUAGAAAAGGAGUUUAGCCUAGAAGGCUUUUUAGUACAGAUUUCUGUCUUUAGUGGUUGUUUACAAAAUGCCCUUGGGAAGCUUGUAAUUCGGACAUGAAGAACAGUGGCCAUCUUUAGCUAGCAUUCAGAGCUAUAUUGGCUCUGAAGCUGGGCAUGCCAUUUUUGUGGCUAGCUGGAACUGAAUUGUUUUAUUUUCCAUGUAGGUUUAAAUAACAAAGCAAGUGAUUAUGACAAUAUCUUGCAAUGGGAGUAAGUUACAAAUUAUUUGAAGUUACACCGUUUUGUUAAUGAUUGUACAAAUUGGCUGAGUCACAUAUAUGUGCGCAUAUGUGUGUAUUCCUUGUGAAUAUGUGAAAAUCACGUUUUAUGAUUAAAAUGUAGAGACUUUAAAAUGAUUCAUGUUUCCAAAUCUAAAGCAUUCCUGUUGAAUUUCAGCUUGCUUUGAUAUCCCAGAGAAUUAACAGAAAAUGCAAAACAGUGAAGUAAUAAAGCCUGCCAAAUACUUUUCUGAAGUGGAGAAGAGUGUGCUGCUGGCAUUAGUUGAGAAAUAUAAGUAUGUACUUGAGUGUAAAAAGAGUGAUGCAAGGACUAUUGCGUUGAAACAACGGACCUGGCAGGCCCUCGCUCAUGAAUAUAAUUCCCAACCAAAUGUAUCACUCCGAGAUUUCAAGCAGUUGAAAAAAUGCUGGGAGAACAUCAAGGCUCGGACAAAGAAAAUAAUGGCACAUGAAAGACGAGAUAAGGUAAAAAGAUGCAUUAGUCCACUUAUAAGUAAUCACGUCCUAGGAAAAGAGAAGAUCACCAACAUGAUACCAGACCAAGUAUAUUUUUUACAGACUCCACCAGAAGAAGAUUCUGAAUAUCAGCCUGAAACUUCCAAUCAAGAAUCUUUCAGUGUUAUUAACAAAGAAUCAUGUGAUGAAGAGAAAGGACUUGUACAUUUCCAGGUAUGUGAAGGUACCUCACAAUCUGAGCCUUCCUGUUCAGCAGUCAGAGUAACUGGAAAUAAAAACUUCAGAAAUAAAGCUGCUCAAGAAAGUGAUUUGAAAAAGAUGCAUGAAGAGGAGCACCAUCAGCAAAUGUCUAUUUUACAACUGCAACUAAUCCAAAUGAAUGAAGUGCAUGUAGCAAAAAUUCAACAGAUAGAAAGGGAAUGUGAAAUGGCUGAAGAAGAACACAGGAUCAAGAUGGAAGUGCUAAAUAAAAAAAAAAUGUACUGGGAAAGGAAACUUCAGACUGUUACAAAAGAAUGGCCUGUUUCAUCUUUUAACAGACCAUUCCCUAAUUCACCCUAGUACAUGCAGCUGCUGGUGGUUCAUUAGACUGAAGUAACUUGGUCAUCAGAAAAUAGUUUGAGAAUCAGGUUCAAUUCCUGUAUUUAGAAUGACAAUGUAAUUGUUGGCUAUGAACAAAUGUCAAGGAAUACCUAAAAUAGGGUUUAGGAAGGUUUUCAUUUAAUAAAACAACAAAGAAAUCUCCAUAUUUUUGACUUUAUAAUGGAAUUUCCAAGUAUGCCCAAUAAACCACUCCUUUUCAUGGUAGCCAGCUCAAUCCAAUUGGGUAUUUUAUGUUAUUUUAUUUUUGUAGCUGAGUUUUUCAAUUAAUUAUUUAAUGAUGAAUGUAUAUUACGGUACAGUUAUUAAGACUUGAAGAGUGAUUCAGCUGAAUUAUCAAGCAAGAUAAAAAGGGUGAUAAUAUAGCAAUUGCUGUACAAGAAAAGGAAUUCAGAUUUCCAAAGCUGUCAGAUUGGCUGUCUGUUCAGACAUAGUUAUAAUUGUGGAAUAGUAGAAAUAUGUGUUCCCCACUUUCUGCCUUCACUUCUUUUCUGAUAGAUUAUCUAGUCUGUUGCCCUUGAUUUGCACUGUAUGGCACAAUCAGCCCACUAGCCGGUAAAACUCACACUGGCAUCUGGCCUGCAGUAAAAAGAAAUAACCCACUUCUAUUUGCAUCUAGUCCUAUGAAUGUUUUAUCCAAAGUAAAUGCUUAUAGACUUUGCAAUUUAUUAAUUUUAUGCAAGUACUGCUUGUGAAUGUUUGUGGCUUCCUGCUACUAUGUAUACACAUACUGGACAUAAUUUUAGAGGUACAAAAUGCUUGAAGCAGCCCUUGUAGAACUUCUACCUUUGAACAGAUUAUGAAGAGCUGAAGGAAACAAAUACAAUAUGAAAUAGAAAGAUAGACAUUUUAUCUUUAAAAUAGGUAGUAGCCUGGAAUGCCCACAAUUCGUAUGUAGCAUUAUUAUUUCAGACUAAUCAGCAGAGAUGGUAGGGACUAGUAUUUUUUCAAAGUAGGAAUUUUGUUGUGUUCAUUAAUGGGUUUCCAACAAAUCUGAAAUGUUUUUCUUCUGGAGAUUUCUAGAAACUUUUUUUUUUCACUCACUCCAUGCAUUUCUGCUGGUCAUUGGCUUUAAGCUUAUUAAGAACAUUACAAAAUCUUUUAAUAUCUGAAUAAUAGGCUAAAGCUAUUAUUCAUAGAAAGCUACCAGUAAAACAAAAAAGGCACAGCUUAUUUCUGAAGGAAAUAUAAUCACCCUAACAUAUUUUAAUUACUUAUUCUGUUCUCCUUUUGGGUAAUUCUAAAUUUACAAAAGGACAUUAAUUUCUUAUCCAGCUUUAAAGGUGAGAUUGUAAUGAAUGUUGUGAACAAUCUGAAUCCAGAAUUUAAACAUUUGCUUGUUGACUAGCUUGUGUGUUGAAUUUAGUUAAAGCAGUGGAGGAGUCUCAUCCUUUGUAGAACAGAAUGGGCAAAACCAAAAUAUUAAAAAAUUGUAUUUUUUGGUUUUGGCUUAGACCAAGAACCCAAGUUUUUAAAGCAACUAAAUUCAUUUCAAUACAAAUCUAUUAUCAAAAAAAUCAAUCCAAACCAUAAUUCAAAUUUUGCACUAAGUAAAUUAAAUUUUGUAUUAAAUUAUAUAUAUAGUAUGAAUGUACUAUAUAUUUCCAUAGCAUACAUUUAUUUUUUUCUAAUCAUUGGACAUUAUGCGAUCGAUAGCAGAAAAUUCUGGAUCAGAGAUUUCACUAAGUAUUCAACACAUACAUUGAAGUUUUAUUUGAAGUUAUAUUUACAGCUUCAGUGACUAUUGGCUUAUGUUUUGGAUUUGUUACUUAUUUGUUACUUUCCUUGAGUAUACAACAUACUAAGACCCAAUUAUUACUUCUGGUAUUAUAAAGAAGAAAUUAAUUUUUAUACAUUUUAACUUUACAUUUACCUAUAAAAAAGCAAGUUAAAAGUUAAUAACAUCAUAAUUUUACACAACAAAUGAGUGUCAUUUAAUUAUAUAUUUCCAAAUAAUUUUUCCAGCCAGUUCAGUAGCAUUUUUCAUUGGCCUAAUUUGAUAAAACAUUAAUUAUGUAUUUGAAUUUUAGUUUGUUCCAAUAAAUAAACUUGUCUUUAUUUUUAAUAGUUGAAUAUUGGGGAAAAGUCUUUUCCAAGCUAUCUAUACACUGUUCUUAUUGAAUGGGAUUAUGAUUGGGUUUUUUUUUAUGUUACUAUUUUUAAAUAAACCAAACUAAAUAAAAACAAGGGAAUUAUUUAAAAAAAACCAAAUAAAUGGGAAAAGACCCAAAGAAUAAAUAUUAAGACAUGGCUGAAAAUGAAAGAGAAAGUAAGGCAAGCAAUUAUCUAAUUCUAUCAUAUCUGGAACUAAUAUGAUAAAAACAACAUCCAAAGAGAUAUCAUUAAGCACACUCAGGGGGAUGAGCAAAUUGGGACUUUUCAAAGGUCAUGACAACCACUAUUUAAUACAAGGAAUGAAAUAUAAUUUUAAAUUUUGAUUUUUGAGUAAGUCUUGUUGAAGUUAACAAUUUUUUUGUGAUUCUGUUGGAAAUAUGCUAAAUAUCUUAGCAUAAUGGCUAAAUAUCUGGCUCAAUUUGUUCUAUUCAAUUUCAUUUAUAAAGGUAAAGUUGUAGGGAUAUUUGUUUAAUAACCGUAUGUUUAACAGUUUUUAAACUUCUAAGAGGUCUCUUUGCACUACUGAUAUUUAAUCUGUAUAGAUGUUCUGAGUCAUAGUUUCAGUUCAACCCUCUGCAUAUUUCAGAACAGGCUAACAUUUUAGAGGAGUUGCAUCUCAGACUACAUAAGUUGUGAACUACCAUGCAAAAUGCAGUGACUAGCACUCUUGAAGUAGGUUUGGCUUAAUAGGUCACCAGUUGUUCAGAUCUUUGUUCACUUUACAUUCAAUUUCUAGUGAAUUAACCAUAAUAUGUAGCACAUGGUUCUCAUUAUGCUAUGUCUUGAUUUCUGUCACUAGCUGUCAUUAAAGUUUAUAAAUAUCGAAUAUUAGCAUGGGCAAAGAGAACCUUGAAGUCGCAAUAUUGUGCAGAUUAGACAUAUAAAUAAUAAUUUGUUGAAUAUCUGUUUCUACUACCAUAUUCAACAAGUUCUGGUUGUGUAAGUUAAUGGCUGGUGGCACUUAACAUGCUAGUUUAAAAUGUGGUUUGUUCAGUUUGGUGUAGCCAUUGGCUUAUACAUCAGAAUUUAUGGUUUAGCUUUAUGUAUGAUAUAACAUUUAACCAAGACAUUUGUGUGGCUUCAAUAUUGGUGCAAAUAGGACAGCUCCAUCAUUUCCUGGUACUGGAAAAAAAACCCUUACUGGCUUGGAUCAAAUCCUCCUAACUUUCAUUGAUCUAUCCAUUUAACAAAUGCAUAUUACAGAGCCUUUUUGAAAUCUCUUCAAAUUGUAAGAAGCCAUCUGAAAUAUCUCAAAUAAGUACCUUUUAAAAUUAGUACCAAAGCUGUUCCUGCUUUUUACAGAAUUAUUUUCAAAAGUGCAUAAUGGAAAAUAUGGAAAAUUGCUAUUAUGCCCAAAUAAGGACUGUUGCCCAGUCUGGUCUCUAGAACCAGAACCUUAUGCUUUAUAUAUAAAUAUUUAAGGAAUAAGGGGAACCUUGUUAUGCAUCUUGGUUUCAUAACAUUUUUGAUGAAGGAUUUGUUCAGUAAUAUUUAUUUUUUCAUCAAAAGAAGAGACUCCAAAAAAAUCCAUAAUGAAAAUUAAUAGUAGGUGUACAUUUUAGUGCCUUGUCUAUUGUAUAAUGUGUAAUCAAAUGAUGGAUUUCUUAUUAAAAUGUAUCUAAAUAUUGCUAGUAGAAAAAUUCCAUAUGCCUAUACUUGCU